AUGAACGAUUCAAACAUGAACAGCCUCUUGAAGUGGGGUGUCGAAAACUCAAAGGUCUCCAAUGGCGCAGACGCGAAAACACAGCUCAACCAAGAAGCCCUGGCAGCCCUGUUUGGAGGAAACCAGAAGUCUGACGCGCAGAUGAUGAAGGAAAUGAUGGAGGUUGUGCAGGACGAGGAGGCCAAGCUAGAGAACAGGAUCGUCGCGUUUGACAACUUCGAGCAGCUCAUCGAGAACCUCGACAACGCAAACAACAUCGAGUCGCUGAAGCUCUGGACACCACUAGUGGAGCAGUUGGAGAACAAGAACGCCGAGUUGAGGACAUUCGCUGCAUGGUGUUGCGCAACUGCCGUAUCAAACAACAUCAGAACCCAGGAACGACUUCUUAUCGUUGGCGCUAUCCCUAUUCUAGUACGCAUGGCAAUAGAAGACACGGACAAGAAGGCGCGGAAGAAGGCGAUACUGGCCCUCUCGUCCUCCGUCAGGAACUUCCAGGCAGGUCUUGACGAGGCCGUCUCCCACAUGCCGGCUGAGUUCAAGCCUCAAGAGAAGCUCGACGCGAACGACAUGGACUCGGUCGAUGUUCUAAUCAACAAACUACGAGAGAGCGUAUAA